AUGAGCAAUUUAAUUACGAAAUCUAUACAAAAUGUCCGAGACGCUUCAUUCAAUGUUACCGGAUAUAAUCAUGAAUUUAAUCCUAACAUUUUACAAAAACCAAUUCUUGAUUCAGAUGCAUCAAACAAUUCGUUAAAUGCAAAUGAAUUUGUACCAAAUUCUCUGGAAUCAGCGAGAAGAGUUAAUCAAGUUCUAGAAAAUAACACAUCGAUUAUGAAUGAUUUAACUGAAACUGAAAAUAAGUUUUUUCCGAAUUCGCAAAAUUUACAGGAAUCAACGCUCGAAAUAAAUCAACGAUUAUUUGACACAGAUUUAGCACAAAUUGUUCCGAAGAUUAUUAGUCACGGAAACGCGAAUCAGCAUACUCCUUCACAAAAUACGCAAAAUGUAGCGUCAUCAAAUAAGAAUAACGACAUAAAGCAAAAAUAUUUUGAUCCGGUUAUAAUUACAAAUACUGGAAACAUGAAUACACAAACUGAUAAACAGAAAGAUAAUUUACCUCUAGUAAGUGAGAUUCUAUCAAACACGAAAAACAUUGUGGAGUCGAUGAUGAAAGUCUUACCUGAAACUGCAAAAGACGCAAAUAACUUACUGAAUAAAGUUAUUCCGCAAUCACAAGAUAUCAACACGCCAAAAAGUGCUAAGGAAAGUCAAAAUCAUCUCGCACAGUCCGACUAUACUCAACAGGAGCAAAGUGAAAAUGCUAAACAAAUAGAAAAUCAAUUUGAUGCUGGAGCUUCUAGAAGGAAUAACCAAGAAACAAGAAUUAUAUAUAACGAUUUACCAACAAAUAAGAAUAAUUCAACAGCCGAAGAUAGUAAUAAACAAUCCACAUUAUUAAAAGAUUUUUCUAUUCCACUCCUCAGAUUUUUAUCAGAUUUUAAUGAACUGGAGAACAACAAUAACAAGACUAAACUCGAUUUUUCUCCUAUUCAGAUAAAUGAAAGUGCUAAUGAUUCCAUCGACGAAGAAUUAUCUAUAAAGAAAGAAAGUAAAUUGACAGAUAUUGCAAUUGCGACGUCAGUAUUACCUAAUCAAAUAGAAUCCAACACAGUAGUUUCGAUUACGGAACAUCAAGCCAAGAUUUCGAGUGAUGUACAAAAUUCUAAAAAUGUGAGCAACGUUAUAAAAUCUAAUUUAGAAGAAGAAAAAAAUCUUCAAGAUAAUUCAUCUGCUAAUGACAGAAUAAAUCAAUUGUCUGAAAAUCAAAUUACUCAUGUCGACGAUAAUCUAUUAGAUUCAAACAACCAUCAUUCUCUUAUCGAUGAUUUGAAAGAUAAAGAUUUGCAUUUGCAGCUGUCUGAGGAAAAAUUGCAGGAAAUCAGCGAUCGAUUGAUCAAUGCGCUUCGACCGAUUAUAGAGAAGAAGUUGGACAAUAACAAAACUUACGUGACUAAUCAUUAUAAUAAAUAA